AUGGCCAGCGCACUACGGCAAAACCGCUACCUUGUGUGGCUCAACAAGAUCCAUGAGAACAAGCCCAAGACCUUCCUCGUCAACUUUGUGCGCUCCCGCUUCAUCUGGACCAUUGAGCCGGAGAACGUCAAAGCCAUGUCUGCCGUCGUCUGGAAGGACUUUGCUGUGUCCCCCACCCGCCGCAACAACAAGGCCACCUACCCAUUUGCCGAUAAGGGCGUCAGCACUGUUGACGGUGCAGAGUGGGAGCACGCCCGCUUUUUGAUCAAGCCUUUCUUCCAGCGCGAGGUCUAUACCAACACCGAACGGCUCCGCGCGCACACCGAUCAGUUCUUGGAUAUCUUGCCAGGGGACGGUGAAACCUUCGACAUACAGCCCCUGCUUCAGCGAUGGUUCCUCGAUGUGAACUCCGACUCUCUCUUUGGAGAGUCGAUUGGGAGUCUUGGCCACCCCGAGCGGGCCAGCAUCAUCUGGGCCAUGAGAGACGUGCUCAGGUUCCUGAGGCUGCGACUGCAGUGGUACAAGUAUCUUUUUCUUUUCCGGAAUCAGGCGUGGCUGGACUGCGUCGGCGAGGUUCACGCUUUCAUCAACAAGCAGAUGGAGCGCACUUACGCCGAGUUGGAACAGUUUGAGCGCAUGGGCAAAGACCCUCACGACGGCGAGCGCAAGGACUUGAUCUGGUACAUUGCGUCAUACGUCAAGAAUCCGGACGAGCUCCGCUCUCACCUAAGCCUCAUGUUCGUUCCAAACAACGACACUACCUCUAUUUUCAUUAGUCACGUUCUAUGGAACCUGGCACGACGGCCAGAUAUUUGGGAAAGGCUGCGCAAGGAAGUCUUGGCUCAUGGAGAAAACGGGCUAAACUUCGAGGUGCUUCGAAACAUGAAGUACUUGAACGGCGUGCUGAACGAGACCCACCGACUCUAUCCUAAUGGUGUCACGCAAGUUCGAAGGUGCAUCAAGGAUACAACCUUGCCUGUCGGGGGUGGACCGGAUGGCACAGAGCCCAUAUUUGUGCGCAAAGGCGACGUUGUCCAGGCCAACAAAAAUGUCAUGCACAGAGACCCAGAUAUCUGGGGGCCCGACGCUCUGGAGUUCAAGCCCGAGCGGUGGGACGGCAUGCGCCCGUACUGGAACUUUGUGCCUUUUGGCGGCGGCGCUCGCAGGUGCCCCGCCCAGUUUCUGGUCAUGACCGAAGCUGCAUACAUGCUGGCACGCCUGCUGCGUAUAUACAAGCGCAUCGAGGCUCGAGACCCUGCGCCUUAUGUUGGAGUGAUGCGUGUUGGUCCUUCGAACCUUACUGGUGUUCAGGUAGCGCUGUAUAAGGAUUGA